AUGUCCGCAUACGCUCUUCCCGGACUAUUCCCUCCAAUCCAGCCAUCGCUACCAAAGGAGACUGGAAAUGCUUCCUCUUCGAGCUUGAAUGAUCUUGGUCUGUUCGGUCCUUUGCAUGAGCAGGACAAUGUGGCCUCCACCAAGUCUACAGGCGUUUUCUCGUCGUCGCCGUAUCUUUUUUCUCAGGAAAGUUCUGAGAGUGACGAUUCGAAAGGCGAUGAACCUGGAAUCCAUGUCACAGAGGCCAAAGUAGACCCUGUGCGGCUUGUCCAAUCAGUGUCCCGCCCAAAGGGACACUCCAACAAGAAGAAUCAGCUUAGGAGGAGAAAUUCCAAGGAUCGACUAGAGGAAUCUGCGAAAGAUCCUUCUAACUCUGAAGCAUGCUCCAAAGAUGAGGGCGGCAGAAGCAUGCACGAUGAAGCCAUCGAGUUUGCCCUUGCAAUUUCCUUCAAUGGAAGGAAAUACACUGCAAAACGUACUAUGCAACGCAUUAUUCAGCUUCGAGAUGACCUGAUCACUGAAAUGGAUGAUCGAAGGAGAUGGCUCCUACUGCGAAAGUCCAAGUUAUCAAGAGGCAGUGCUGAAGACUGUGAGUACAUUGAAGUUGAAAUUCCAGAGAUACCAUUUCUCACAGGAGAACAAGAUGGAUCAGGCGUUGGGGCUGGUUUCGUUGGAAGAGGGUUCUCAAUGCUUCAUGCAAUGGCAACCUCGUAUGGACCAGUAAUGGAGAGAUGGCUUCGCAAUGUCCUCGCUGUGGUUCCACAGGAUAGUGAAACUCUCAUGAACUUUCUUUGGGAGCCUCUCGCUCACGAGUCUCCCGUGAUGGACUCUCCCACAAAGGCAUGCGUCACCUGGGCAACCUUGGGUUCGAUCAAGGAACUCGAAUGCGCCACUGAUGAUGACUCCGAAUCAGAAGAUGAAGAUGAAUGGGAGGGCUAA